GGAGGAUCCGAAAAGUAACCAAAGAAAGAAUAUAUGUUUCAGGGAGGGUUUGAUAUUUCCUAAAUUGGUGCCGCGUUAUUCUGAGUCCGACGGAUGUUCCUCACUUCCUCUCGGCGAGCUCGUUUCUCUUUCGGUACAUCUCAGAAAUUCUUCCCCUCCAUCACCAUCAAGAAUCCUAAAACUGAAUUCUCUGAUCCAUUAUUCAAUUUGAUCUCCGUGCCUGGAUUUCCUUCAUUUCGAUCGACAAAUAAACAAAACACAGGUGCAUUGUAAUUUAGCAAUCACGAAACUACGGGUGUGGCUUUAGGUGUGUUCAUUUGGUAUAUAUUGUGAAAAGAUUACAAGAGGAAACAAAUUUAGGUCCCUAUUAGAAUGUUGAUAUGUGCAGCAGUUUAGUGAAGCUUAAUUUAUUUGAUUAUCACCAUGAAUAACGGUGAGGCACCUGGUCCAUCUGGACAGAGGGUCGCCGAGCAAGAUAAUGAUGUUUCUGGUGGGUUGUUCUUUGGUGGUGGUGGUGGACGUCGUGCACACAAUGUGUCUGUACAAACGGGUGAGGAAUUUUCCAUGGAGUUUCUACAAGAACGAUUUGGUACAAGGAAAGUAAACAAUGUAGUACCUGAUUUGGAACAUAAGGAUGAGAAGAAGAUAGGGGGGUUUGAUUCCGUAUGGAAACAUUCUCAUGUUGGGUACCAGGACCUGACUGGGAUUCUUGGUCUUACAAGAAUGGAUUCUGAGUGUAGUUACGAUAUUCCUAAUGAGGUUUUUAGCAAAGGGUGUGUUGUUGACGGUGAUAGUAAGGGUUAUUCCGAUAAAGCAAGUAGGUUUGGGCAGGAGGUUGGUGUUAGUGGAGAAGAACUGAGGAGGUCCACUGAUGAUUUGAGUUCCUAUCAAGCUGCUUCGGGGCCAGCAACGCCAUCAAUCUCUGUCAAAGGGUCUCCUUGCGCGUAUCAGGCGCAUGGGUCUGGAACUUCAGACAAUUCUCAACAUUACAAGAUGAAGAUCCUUUGCAGUUUUGGUGGAAGAAUCUUGCCAAGACCAGGGGACGGGAAGCUCAGAUAUGUGGGCGGAGAAACACGGAUUAUCAGCAUUAGAACAAAUAUAUCUUGGGUAGAACUUGUCAAAAAAACAACAGGAAUAUGCAAUCAACCCCAUGCAAUUAAGUACCAGCUACCUGGCGAGGACCUUGAUGCUCUUAUAUCCGUGUCGUCAGAUGAAGAUAUUCAAAAUAUGUUGGAAGAAUACCAUGGCUUCAAGAAAGUUGAGGGACAAAGACUCCGAAUAUUUUUGAUAUCAUCCAGUGAAUGUGAAAAUCAAUCUUCUUUUGAAGCAAGGGCCUCAGAGCAGAAUCCUUCAGAGUAUCACUAUGUUGUUGCUGUUAAUGGCAUAUUAGACCACUCUAGUCCUAAGAUUAGCUCCACCGGGCAAACUUUAGCAAGCCAAUUGAGCUUUAAUAAAGACUCCGUCAAUUCACCGAAACCUUCGGAGAUCAAAGAUGGUAGUAAGCCAUCAAAUCUUUCAAGGAAUUUUUUUAUUGCUCCUCAGAAGCUAUCCAGAUCUCCAAAUCAUUCACCUCCUUUUUCUCCUCUGGCGCUCCAACAAAAAGAUGCUAUGAAUGGUCAGAAGAAGUUAUAUAACGGUCAGUAUUGUUGUAAUAAUGAAAGCAAGGACCCCUACUUAAAAGACCAAGCACCAGCUGGCAACUACCAUCAUGAUACCAAUAUCGGCUGUUAUGGUUCUCCACGAGGGUGUGUAUCGUUGAUUCAUCAUCAUCACCAUUAUCUAAAUAAAUCUUCGAGGGUGAAUUUCGACCAACCCAAUAGAGCUCGUGAGGUUCAUUUUCCAGACAUCACAGCAGACAAAGCAUUUGUGGCUCCAACUACAAUUGUUCGGAAUAAUAGCGACUUAGAUGGAUAUUCCUGCGAGAGGCCGAUGGUUAAACAAAGGCCUUUUCAUUCUGAGAAAAUGUCGAUACAGCCUGAAGAUCCACUGUGUCUAUUAUCAGGAUCGAAUGACUCAGUUGGGUCUCAUCAUGGUAUGCCACAUGCAUAUUCCGAUUCAAGGUUGCUAGAACAUGGAGGAGGGAGCUAUUGUUUCCAAGAAGGAGACACUCCGUUGUCUCCCUUGGACUUACAAGCACAAUCACCUGCGUGGGUAAAGUCAAGCGCGCGGCACAGUGGGGAGCAUAUGCAUUACGAUGAGAACACUGAUCUACCAAGUCCUAAUUUUCAAAAUGACUUGCGAAGUAGUCUUUCAGCAUCUAUUGUUCUGGAAAGGGGUACGAAUUCGACAAAAGCUUCUCAUCGCCGAGAAUUCUCUGGUGGAAAUGAACAAAUUUAUUGGGAAGACAUGCAAGAUCUAGGUGGUGAAAAACACCAAAUGACCAAAGAAAUAAAUUUGAUGUCAUGGGGGAAUGAAUCUAAUGACCAGGAAACUAGUCCUAUGUUAAGUCUUGAUAUGUUGGACAAAAUAGAUCAGAUUGAUGAUUCUCGUCCACAUCGUGGAGUUAGUUUUGACUCAGAUAGCAACUCUACAGCAGGUGGUACUGGAAUGCCAUAUAAGGAUGAUCUUCAAAAUCUUGAUCACCACCAGAUGUCAGUCGGGUAUAAUAUUUACUCAGGAGAGUUACACACUUCGAAUACCAAAGUUUCUGCAUCACCUGUCACCACUCUGGGGUUCUGUAAAGAUACUGCUGAAGAACAGUCCCAAGGAUAUUAUUCCUCUUUGAUUAAUCAGGUUAAUGGCGACCUAGGAAGUAAAAUAAGCAAAAUUAUCACACAGGGGUCCAUUGGUUCAUGUUCAAAGAAUUCAGAAGCUUCAAACUUGGAAAAAUCACUUCACCAGCCUAACAGUGACAGUUCUCCUACGGAACUACCUCAUGGCUCAUCCAGUGGUGGUUUAAUUUCGUUUCCAUCCUUCGUAAAGGAACCUGGUGUGGUAUCACAAAGGGAAUCGGCUAACAGUGAAUCCUUACUUUUGGUCUCUGCAGAUUUAGCUCCGUUCGGAGGAGUUGACAAUUUAGAAGAACUUUUAAAGUUAAACAUGAGCGACUCCUCUCUUACUUGGGAUAUAUUUCAGAAUCAGAAUCUGGCCACUGAGAGUCCUUUGGGAACCGAAGUCGUUUUGCCUGUAAGCUGUUCUGAAGAAGAGUUUUAUAAGGUGGAUUGCAGGAAAUUCUCUAAUGAACAGUGUAUGGUAGAAAAUACUGUGAAAGUUGGGACAGAGGCUCAAAAUAAGAUUAACCACCAUGUUCAACUAGAACCACUGCUUAUUCUUGAAGAUGUAACUAAUAGUACAUCUUCCUCAAACUUGAUUCCUCGUGUAGUUGAUGAGACUACUGGAGAUAUACUUACCCAGAGAACAACCGAAGCUAAGAGCUUCAUUCCAGAGUCUGAGGACACUAAAGUAGAUGACAGAGAUAAGGGCAACUCAAUAAGUGACUCUGUGAUUGCUGAAAUGGAAGCAGGGGUCUACGGUUUGCAGAUCAUCAAGAAUGCGGAUCUUGAAGAACUACGAGAAUUGGGAUCUGGUACCUUUGGGACAGUUUAUCAUGGAAAGUGGAGGGGAACAGAUGUUGCUAUAAAGAGACUAAAAAAGAGCUGCUUUGCAGGCCGAUCAUCUGAGCAAGAGCGAAUGACUAAUGAUUUCUGGAGAGAAGCCAAAAUCCUAUCGAAUCUUCACCAUCCAAAUGUGGUAGCCUUCUAUGGGGUGGUUCCAGAUGGGGUGGGGGGUACAUUGGCUACUGUAACAGAAUUUAUGGUGAAUGGUUCACUUAGGCAUGUCCUCCUAAAGAAGGAUAAGGCACUUGAUCGACGUAAAAAACUUAUAAUCGCCAUGGAUGCAGCUUUUGGCAUGGAGUAUUUGCAUUUGAAAAACAUUGUUCAUUUUGAUCUGAAAUGUGAUAAUUUACUCGUCAAUAUGAAGGAUCCACAUCGACCAAUAUGCAAGGUUGGAGAUUUCGGAUUGUCAAGGAUCAAACGAAAUACCCUUGUCUCAGGCGGGGUUCGAGGAACCCUUCCAUGGAUGGCACCAGAGUUAUUGAAUGGAAGUAGUAGCCGGGUUUCAGAAAAGGUUGAUGUUUUCUCAUUUGGUAUUGCAAUGUGGGAAAUACUUACCGGGGAAGAACCCUAUGCCAACAUGCAUUGUGGUGCAAUUAUUGGUGGAAUUCUGAACAACAAUCUUCGUCCGACUAUUCCAGAACAGUGUGAUCCUGAAUGGAGAAAGCUCAUGGAACAUUGCUGGUUACAAGAACCUACAGCUAGGCCAUCUUUUACUGAAAUAACAAGCAGACUCCGUAUUAUGUCCAUGGCCUUCCAGUCCAAAGGUGGCGAUCAAUCCCCAAAACAAAAAUGAUGAUGAACAACCAAGGACACAUUGUUGAUCAUAGAUCAUGAUCCAACUUGACCCUACAAUGUGGUAAAACACAACGCGGUAUAAGAGUGCUCAUUUGAGCCCUUUAGGGUACAAUUAUGUACAGGUAGAGUUUCAGUACAGGUAGAACUUGAAUACAAUUAUACCCCGUUUUUUUUAGAAGGAUCUUGCUUUGUAUCCAAGUGCUAGCCAGAUCUUUAGAAGGCCAAAAAACAAAAACAAAAAAAAAAACUUGCAAAGAAAAAUACACCUUGUAUUCUUUCAUGUAUCUUUGCUAUUAUUUGUAUAUGUAUUUGCUCCUUUGAUCCAGUUCAGUUACUUAUCCUCAGGUUAAACUUUCA